AUGGGAUGCAUCGGGCACCCCGUGGGUACCCCGAGUGUACCCCGUGGAGACCCCGAGUGUACCCCGCUGGGCACCCCGUGGGUACCCCGAGGGGACCCCGUGGGGACCCCGUGGGGACCCCGAGUGUACCCCGCUGGGCCCCCCGUGGGUACCCCGAGUGUACCCCGUGGGGACCCCGUGGGGACCCCGAGUGUACCCCGUGGGGACCCCGAGUGUACCCCGCUGGGCCCCCCGUGGGUACCCCGAGUGUACCCCGUGGGGACCCCGUGGGGACCCCGAGUGUACCCCGUGGGGACCCCGAGUGUACCCCGCUGGGCCCCCCGUGGGUACCCCGAGUGUACCCCGUGGGGACCCCGUGGGGACCCCGAGUGUACCCCGCUGGGCCCCCCGUGGGUACCCCGAGUGUACCCCGUGGGGACCCCGUGGGGACCCCGAGUGUACCCCGAGUGCACCCCGUGGGGACCCCGAGUGUACCCCGCUGGGCACCCCGUGGGACCCCGAGUGUACCCCGUGGGGACCCCGUGGGGACCCCGAGUGUACCCCGUGGGGACCCCAAGUGUACCCCGUGGGGACCCCGAGUGUACCCCGCUGGGCCCCCCGUGGGUACCCCGAGUGUACCCCGUGGGGACCCCGUGGGGACCCCGAGUGUACCCCGUGGGGACCCCGUGGGGACCCCGAGUGUACCCCGUGGGGACCCCGAGUGUACCCCGCUGGGCACCCCGUGGGGACCCCGAGUGUACCCCGUGGGUACCCCGAGUGGACCCCGUGGGGACCCCGUGGGGACCCCGAGUGUACCCCGAGUGUACCCCGUGGGCACCCCGUGGGGACCCCGAGUGUACCCCGCUGGGCACCCCGUGGGGACCCCGUGGGAGACGCGGCUGGUGA